AUGGCUGGUCGUGGCGGAGGAGGCCGUGGAAAGGUGCUGCUGCCGCCUAUCAACUUCAUCUUCAAGCUUCUGCAGCAGCGCUCCACCGUUCAGAUCUGGCUGUACGAGCAGCUCGGCAUCAGAAUCGAGGGCAGGAUCAGGGGCUUCGACGAGUUCAUGAACCUCGUGAUCGACGAUGCCAUUGAGGUGAAGCUUGCCACGAAAGACAAGGAAGAGUCGAGGCGGAAUAUCGGCCAAAUCCUCCUCAAGGGCGACAAUGUCUCGCUCAUCCAGAGCGUCCAAGGUUAA